UUAAAAUUUAUUUUCUAAUUUGAGGUUGGAAUGUAAAACGUGGAGGUUGAGAUGAGACGAGUUAGAGGGAGUUAAAAAACAGGUAGUUCGUCCCCUCAAAACAACAUAAAAAUAUAUUGCUUGCAUUCUCGUUCAUAAUUUUGAGGUUCCUUCAGAACUAAAAAAAAAAACCUCCAUCCUGCAAAUCCAAUAAGCUAAAGCGACUUUUGACUUGUAAUUAGUUACUCUGUCCCUUCAUCCUUCUUCAAUUUCCCUCACCCACCUCCCUAUAUCUUUGAUCCUUCUCACCAAAUCCCCUAAAUCUACCAAAAACAUUUUCAAAUAAAAAUUACUCGCCCACUCCCAACUGAUGAUAAAGUGAAUAAUCAUUUCCUUUGGAAAGAAAAAAGAAGAAUCGGUUUAGGAUUAGGACGUAGUGAUUGUAAAGCGAAUCCCCUGCCUCUCUCCUGUUUCUCUGCCCUGAUUGUUUAAAGCAGCACUUGGUUUGGUUAUAACUUAUAUAACUUUAUAAGUAUAAUCCAAAACCCAAAUUUACCCAUAGAAAUUGUUAUCACAGAAUCAAAAAAAUGAAAGCCAAUCCCAACAACACCAGGCUCAUUCUCCUCCACCCUUACAUCCAAAAACAGGGCACUUCCUCCAAGAUAUGGCUUCUUGCCUUCCUCUCCUUCUUCACCCUCGCCUUCCUCCUCCUCCUUCUCCUUGUCUAUACUCGCGCCUCCACUACUCCCAUCACCGCCGCCGCCUCUUCCCUCGUCUCCUCCUCCUCCUCCUCCUCCUCUUCCUCCACCACCGCCACCCCUCUCCCCACCACUGUCAUCAACACUCUUCUUUACUACGCCUCCAAAUCCAACGACUCCUUCCACAUGACCCACUCCGAACUCAAACCCAUCUCCGACGUCCUCCGAAAAUGCUCCACUCCUUGUAAUUUCCUCAUCUUCGGCCUCACCCAAGAAACCCUUCUUUGGAAAUCCCUCAACCACAACGGCCGCACCGUCUUCAUCGACGAGAAUCGCUACUACGCCGCUUUCAUCGAAGAAAAACAUCCCGAAAUCGACGCCUACGAUGUGCAAUACACCACUAAAAUAAGCGAAUUAAACGAACUUAUUACGACAGUUAGAGAGCAGAUUCGAAACGAAUGCCGUCCCGUACAGAAUCUUCUAUUCUCCGAGUGCAGGUUGGGACUCAACGACCUUCCAAACCACGUGUACGACGUUGAUUGGGACGUGAUUCUAGUGGAUGGUCCACGCGGGGACUGGCCCGACGCGCCGGGCAGAAUGUCGGCGAUUUACACGGCGGGGGUUCUGGCAAGAAGUAAAAAAGGAGGGAACCCGAAAACGCACAUUUUUGUGCAUGAUUAUUACGGGGAAGUGGAGAAGGUUUGUAGCGAUGAAUUUCUUUGUAAUGAAAAUUUGGUGGAGGCAACUCAUACGCUUGGCCAUUAUGUGGUUGAGAAGAUGGAUGAGAAUUGUUUUCAAUUUUGCCACAAUACGACGGCGUUCAGAUCUUAGGAGUUUCUCUCUUCGCUAAUAAGACGGCGUUCUGUUUUUUUGUUUUAGUGAUUCAUCAUGAAGUGGGACAAGGGAAACAGAGGUAAAUCUAAAUGAUGUGGGUAUUUUAUUUAUGUUAUGAACAAAAAUUGUAUCGUUUUCAUUAUUGUUAUUUUGAAAUUAGGUUUUCUUUUUGAAACUUUGGAAUUGGGGUUGGAUGUUGAAGCAUGGGACUUAUAAAAAAUAAUUCUUUCUUCAAAUGCAAAACAAGGUUUCAUA